UACAAAGCUGGCUAUAAGGCUAUGAAGAUAUUUUAAUUUUCUGCUGAAUGACAAACAUGUGUGGGCAGCCAUGUUUGUUUUGAAUACUGACAGGACUGUAGCAGACCUUUGUUGCAGGCCGGUGUGUAUAUCCCUUGCUUCGCCUGGAUUUCUGGUUGUCGUGUCUGCACAAGUUUCCUUGCAUUAAAAAUCGUUUCUGCAGUUUCGGGUGUAUAUUACGAUGGCAACUGCUGCAGCUAAUAUAGCAAAGGAUGAUGACGACGAGAUAUAUUAUGAGUUUGAUCCAGCAGAUUUUGAUGGACAAUCUUUUGAGGAUGUUAUUGAUCUAACGUUGGAGGAUUUGAAGUUUGAUGUGAGAUGUGACCAAAAUUUCAACACUUUGUCUAAUCAAAUUAGAUCUGCAGAAAGAAAGCAAAAAGAGGUGGACAGAAUUUUUGAUGAUGUGAAGGAACAGAUCCAGAAGUUGAAAGAGCAAAUCCAGUCUGAGCAGGGCAUUGAAGGGGAAGACUCAGGGAGUGAUGAUGAUGUGCAGUUUCUGGAGGCCUCCUAUCAUCCACCAAAGUCAACAGGGAACAAAUCCAUUAAAACACUGCAAUUAUCAAAGUCAGUGGCCUCCCCAUUGUCUUCACCCCCCAAGGCCAAGCCUGUGAAUUUAAGCAGUCAGCUGGUAAACAUGCACACACAAAUGGUGUCCAUUUUGUCCACCACACCCAAGGCUCCUGAAACUGUCAUAAGUAAGUCAGUUGAUCAGUCCAAUGAUAUCAUUCCACUCUCAGUGCAUCCACCCAAACCCAGGCCACGGAUUCCCAUACAACAAAAAUUCUUGCCAGUGACGGUUGGGAUUAAAGUCCUUGGUAAGAAGUUCAAUGACAUUUGGUAUAAGGGGACUGUAGCAGAGAUUCAGAAUAAAGACAAACCAAAGGAAGAACAUAGAUACAGAGUAAAGUUUGACUCCAAGGGGAUGAAGGUGCUCUCAGGAAAGCAUAUAGCAUAUUUUGAUCCUUGCACAGGAACUCUGCCAGUGGGAACCCGUGUGGUGGCACUUUACAAAGAUGAAGAAGCCACUCCGUCUACCUCUUUCUAUGCAGGCAUAGUAGCAGAGCCCCCAAAUGUCAGGAACAAUAACAGGUUUCUUGUCUUCUUUGAUGAUGGUUAUGCUCAGUAUUCACAGCCGAAGGAUGUACACAAAGUUUAUGAACAAAGUAAGAAUGUCUGGGAGGAUAUUCAUCCAGAUUCUCAGGAAUUCAUCAAGGAUUAUCUCAUGGCAUACCCUGAGAGACCUAUGGUCAGAUUGGCAAAAGGGCAACAUGUGCAAACAGAAUGGAAUGGAAAGUGGUGGAAGGCCAAGGUGGUGGCUGUGGAUGCCAGUCUGGUUCACAUGUACUUUGAGGCUGAUAAAAGAUCAGAGUGGAUUUAUCGAGGCUCUACGCGUCUGGAACCUUUAUUCACUGCAUUGGACACUGACAAAACCUCAAUUCUUACUGGCUGUUGUCUUAUUGACCUACCAGAGCUGAUCAUGCAUGUUUCCUUUUGCUGUGCUGCUGAAUGA